AUGUCUUCAAAUAUAUCACUAGAUACUUUCAAAGACUUUCCACCGAUUCAAAAAGCAAUAAAACUAUCAACUGCUUUAGUUUGUGAUCAAAGUGCUCGAAACGUUCAAGAAUGUGUUGACCAACUUAAACAUGCAGUAUAUAGUCAAAUAAUGGAACCUUCUCGCGAUGAAAAACCUCAUCAUUGGCCAACUCUUUGGGCACAUAUGAAAUUUUGUAUGAACGAUCUUAAAUACUGGGAAAUGGGAGCAGGGCAUCCUGCUGAUAGAUUAUCUGAUUCUUAUAUACGCUUAGGGUUAUUGCGUCUGUUUUUUGAAGUGGGUGGGCUUUCGAGAAAAAAACUACUAGAAGGAAUAAUAACUGAUAUUUUGGAAAUACAAGCAGUUGUUGAAAGAAUGAAAGAUAAAAAUUAA